AUGAGCUCCCGAAUCCAAGUCCUACGCCUGUACAGGCGGUCCCUCAAGCUCGCCCUCGACUGGAGCGUCCACCGAUACCUCUGGCGCGGCCAGGCCCUGUACAUCCGCGGGCUCUUCGAGGCCAAGAGGCACAUCACCGAGCCGCGACAGCAGAGGGAACUCAUCAAGGAGACCGAGGCUCUGCUCGAGAAGUGGAAGCACCCCGAUCCCUACCGCCCACCCACGGCCCCCGGAGGUUCAAAGUUCGAGCGCAACCUGCCCUGCCCCAUUUUGGAUCCUCCUCCCAAGUUGAUCUUGUAGACGUGCGGGUAUGGAGAGGGGUGCGUAGCGAGAGAGGAGAGUCAACUUGUACAUAUUUACGUAGGGGAAUGGCUGCAAUAGACAGCUCAAGAGGAGACCUCGAUACAUAUAUCUCGUUUGUUCUGAUUCCCCAUCAGAUCCUCGUUGCUGUUCUGGUUACUUUAUCGUUUCGUCUUUUGUUGUAUGAGGGCCUUGCACCGUCUCACACUUAAUUCUCAUAACCAACUCAUGGUAUUCUACCUAACAG